GUAGCCAUGAUUGUAAAGUUGUGUGUGUUGCUCCUAUAUUUAGCUACAGUUUUAGCCAGUAACGAAUGGCUAGAAGUAAAGACGGCGCAAGGACCGGUGCGCGGACGCAAACAUGCUGCCGGAGGAACUUAUGUGUUCUACAAUGUACCCUACGCCACAGCCCCCAGAGGAAAAGAUAAAUUCAAGCCACCUCUUCCUCCAGCUGUACGAUCGGACCCAUACGAUGCUGUCAACGAAAAUAUUAUAUGCCCACAAUUUCACUUGGAAGGUGAAAUAAUGCCCAAAUAUUUGGUGCGACACGAAGACUGCCUCGUUGCCACUAUUUAUGUCCCUAUUACUGAAAAAAAAGAUCUCUCCGUCUUGGUAUACGUUCAUGGGGGCGGUUUUGUAAUAGGCUAUGGAGACAUGAUGAGAGCACUGCAUUUAAUGGAUAAAAAUGAUAUGAUUGUCAUCACAUUCAAUUAUCGCCUAGGCAUCCACGGAUUCCUUUGCUUAGGCACUGAAGAUGUACCAGGUAAUGCCGGUAUGAAAGAUCAAGUAGCCCUACUCCGUUGGGUACAAGAGAAUAUUGCUAACUUCGGUGGUAACCCUAACGACGUCACAUUGGCCGGUGGUAGUGCAGGUUCUGCAUCUGUUGAUCUAAUAAUGCUCUCUAAAUCAGCAGAAGGUUUAUUCCAUAGAGUGAUACCAGAAAGUGGUGGAAAUCUCGCUGCAUUUGCAGUUCAGAGGGAUCCAGUUGAAAUAGCAAGAUCUCAUGCCAAGAAAUUUAAUUUUACCAAAGCAGACGAUAUUAAUUCUUUAGAAUAUUUUUACAAGACGGCGCCAAUGGAUUUACUAACAGCGGAUCCAUUUUUCGACAGAACUGAUGCUACUUUUGUUUUCUCACCCUGUGUGGAGCGUGAUGCAAAAGACGCAUUUUUGACUGAAUCUCCUCUAAGCAUACUGAAGAAAGGAAACUAUAAGAAAGUACCAUUGUUGUAUGGUUUCGCUAAUAUGGAAGGUCUAAUGCGUAUUGAUUUCUUCGACUACUGGAAAAAUAAGAUGAAUGAGAACUUUGCUGACUUCUUGCCAGCUGAUUUACAAUUUGAAUCAGAAGAAGAAAGAGACGAAGUGAUCAAUAAAAUAAAGAAGUUUUACUUUGAUGAUAAACCAGUGGGUGAAGACAACAUUUUGGGUUACGUUGAUUUCUUUUCGGAUGUUCUAUUUACCUAUCCCAUGUUGCGUGCAGUGAAGUUACAUGCAGAAGCUGGCCACGAUCAAGUAUAUUUGUACGAAUUUUCUUAUGUUGACGAGAACACUCCUGUAGUGCCACACACGGAAAUUAAAGGUGCCAAUCACUGCGCCCAAACAACAGCGGUAAUGGAUGGUAACUUUAUAGACAAAAGUGAACUGAAAAUGACUGAUAGAUAUAAGAAAGUGAAGAAAAUGAUACGAGAACUUUGGCAUAACUUUAUUAAAACUGGGAAACCAGUACCUGAGGGAUCAUCCCUGCCUGAAUGGCCAGCAGCCGGCGUAGACAGGUCUCCUCACAUGUCUAUAAAUGACGACUUAGAACUCCGUGGUGUACUGCUAGAGGAGCGCACUCGCUUCUGGGACGAAAUUUACGAGAAACACUAUAAAGAUGCCAUGCCACCACCCCCACCUCCUCCAAAACCACGGGUCGAAUUAUAA